AAAAAAAAUCAUGGCAAUAGAAUAAUCAAUAAGUUUGCAGAAACGAAUGUGAGGUAAUUUUCGUUUCUUGGUAUAACGUUAUUUGUGUGUUUAUUCAAUUUCAAACAAUUACGUAGCCCUUUGUAGAUAUCUAGUACGGUCGAAGCAGAGAGUGUUGAACAAGAGUGAAUCACUUUGUUCCAAAAAAUUGUCUAUCUUUGCUGUUUCGGUUUCUUCACAAUCCGACACUUUUUUAUUUUAAUUAACACGGUGCGCUAUUGUCGUAACUUUUGAUAACUUUUGUGACGCAUUACGACGACUACAAUAUGCCAAAAUCAAUCGCAAGCAUGAAGACUAAACAACAGUUCAUUGAGAGGGAUAACAAUGAAUGCAAAAACAACUUACAGUUGUUGGAAAUGGACGAGGAGAUUCAGGAAGAAAUUACGUCGGAGGAUCUUGCACCAGAUGGUGGCUUCGGAUGGAUUAUAGCAGUUUCUAUGGUCGUUGUUUUUGUCGUUACCACCGGUCCCAGUUCCUCGUUUGCAAUCGUUUUCGGUGAAAUAUUUGAAGCCACUGGACAAGCUAGCUCAGUAAUGACUCUUCUAAAUUCCGUUUUCAUGAUCAGUUUCUCGCUGUCUGGUUUAUUAACAACAGCAUUGUUAAAAAAAUAUGCGAUGAGACCGGUUGGCGUGAUCGCAGCUUUGUUCUUUGCUAUACCAAAUGUUUUGUCAGCAUUUGUAACUCACAUUUGGGAUCUCGUUCUCAUAUGUUUUGUUCAAGGUAUAGGGCUGGGAGUGAUGAAUAAUAUAUGUAAUGCAAAUUUCAAUUCAUAUUGGGUUAAGAGACGAACAAGGGUAAUGAGCGCAGCUCACGUUAUUAUUGGAUUGGGAGGUAUCGUUUAUCCAAUAACGAUAGAGAAGUUCAUGAAUGUAUACGGAUUUCGAGGGACCGUCGCUCUCACGGCUGGUCUUAGUCUAAACUGCAUCGUCGCAAUGAUGCUGAUGCAUCCGGUUGAAUGGCACAGGAGAGAUCCGGAGGAGGUCCGGAUGGAGAGGGCUCGUCUCGCCGAGGAGAGCAGGAUACUAAUGUUGGAGAGGCUGAUGGAGGAAAAGCCUUUAGCAGGCAAAAUCGUACAUCCCGUACUCGCGAAUCGUCGCUCGACCAUUCAUGCCGCCCAGGUGUUCGCAAAACCGAGCAGGUGGAGCAGCCUACGAAGUCUAAAAGAGGGUGGACCACGCGAGGUUCCUCUUCUCAUUGAAACUCUCAGAGUCAGAGUUGCUUCACACUCGGAUGUCGAAAACGGAAUACGAUUGCGUUCGGCGUCGGUAACGCAUCGCCGUCACAUCGCGAAUACAAUAUCUGGCUUGUCGGCCUCGAGUAUUGGAAACAUCGCUGGCGUUGGGUCGACCUAUGCCGAAGUUCCGGUGCGCAUUACGGAGAAGAAAAGAAAAGUUAUGCGAAAGCAGGAUGGAAACAGCGGAGUUGCUCAAGAAACAGUUGAGGAGAAAAGAGUUAUCGAAGAGUUAGGAUUUUGGGAUAUGCUAAGCAAUUUGUUCGAAUUGUCGCUUUUCAAGGAUCGAGUUUUCAUGACUAUGAGCUUCGGAAUAAGUUUAGUCUUUAUGAGUGAUUACACGUUCAGUUCACUCAUGCCACUUAUGAUGACCGAACUCGGUUACGGUACGAAAGAGGCCGCACUUGCUAUUACCGUAUCAGCCGCAGCUGAACUCGUUUCUCGAAUACUUUUGGCUCUCUUUACACUAUUCGUUAACGCACGACCAAAGACGUUAUUUUUUAUUGCUAUGAUUUGCAUGGCUUUUGCGAAAAUUGGUUUCUUCUAUUGCGAUGAUACGCUACCGGGGAUUCUAUUCACAGUCGCAACCAUUGGGAUGGUUCGUUCAUGGCUUUUUGUUCCUCAACCAUUGGUGGUUGUCGAAAAUUUCCCAGUUGAAAAAUAUGCUGCUGCGUAUGGAAUUUUUUCCGUCGUCAGUGGAAUGAUUACCAUUUUCUUAGGCCCCGUCAUUGGUAUCAUCAAAGAUGUCACUGACAGCUUUCCUACAUGUCAAUUGGUCUUGAUCGGUUUGAACUGCGUGUUCAUCAUUCCGUGGGCCUUAGAUUUUCUGGAUGAAAGAAAACAAUCAAAAGAAAAGAUAGAAAUAAUGUUGAAAAACAUCCCGGAUGACAAAGAAAAUCCCGAAUCUCACGCGACACACUAAUAAAUUUUAUUUCUAUAAUACGUUUUGUCAUUAUUUCCCUUGUUGUUUUA